AUGGCGCCAGGUCCACUAUCCCAUGGAGAGCUGGUCACCCCCCACUGGCUCCUCAGGGACCGUAGCAGACGAGCUGUCAGCCUGGAUGAAAAGGUGCCAGCGCCUGCCCGGGCAAAGGUGGCCGUGACGGCCGAGGGCAGCGAGCUCGUCCUGGUGCUGGAGAGGAACCAGCUGCUGGUGCCGGGCUACACCGAGACGCACUACACCAUAGAUGGGCGGCCCGUGACAGUGGCCCCCAACCACACGGACCACUGCUACUACCACGGGCACGUUCAGGGCUACGGAGGCUCCUGGGUCGUCCUCAGCACCUGCUCAGGAAUACGGGGCCUGAUCGUGCUGAGCAGCAACGCCAGCUACUACUUGAAACCCCUGGGGACCCCUGAGCCCGGCCACCACGUCAUCCACCGAGCAGAGCACUUGCCCGUCCAGGGUGGGACCUGCGGCCACGGCGAUGAUUUUGGGAGCACCAUCGCUGACAUCGCUCGGCUUUUCCAGCCGGCGCACCACCGGGGCAAGAGAGAUGCCUGGAGGACCAUGAAGUACAUGGAGCUCUUCAUCGUUGCCGAUCACACGCUGUACAGGAACCAGCACCUCAACCUGGGCCACACCAAGCAGCGCAUCGUGGAGAUCGCAAACUACGUGGACAAGUUUUACAGGUCGCUGAAUAUCAAGGUGGCCCUGAUCGGCCUGGAGGUGUGGACGGAGCGGGACCAGUGUGCUGUCACCAGCGAUGCCAACGCCACGCUCUGGUCCUUCCUGCAGUGGAAAAAGGCCCUGAUGUCACGCAGGAAGCACGACAACGCCCAGCUGCUGACAGGGAAGACAUUCAGAGGGACAACUAUUGGCAUGGCCCCACUCGAAGGGAUGUGCAGCGCUGAUAACUCUGGAGGCGUCAGCGUGGACCACUCAGAGCAGCCCAUUGGAGCAGCCGCCACCAUGGCCCACGAAAUUGGACACAAUUUCGGCAUGAGCCACGACAGCACAGGCUGCUGUGUGGAGGCCACCCCGGAACAAGGUGGCUGUGUCAUGGCAGCAGCCACUGGGCACCCCUUCCCUCGUGUGUUCAGCUCCUGCAGCAAGAGGCAGCUGGAGAACUACUUCCAGAAGGGAGGUGGCAUGUGUCUCUUCAACCUGCCCGACACCAAGGACCUGGUGGUGGGACGGAAAUGUGGCAAUGGGUUCCUGGAGGAAGGAGAAGACUGUGACUGCGGGGAGGUUGAGGAGUGCACCAACCCGUGCUGCAACGCACACAACUGCACGCUGAAGGAGGGGGCCCAGUGUGCCCACGGUGACUGCUGCCAGAGCUGCAAGCUAAAGGUGGCUGGGACGAUCUGCAGGGAAACAGCAGGAUCCUGUGACCUUCCUGAAUACUGCACGGGUGCCUCUCCCUACUGCCCGGCUAACGUGUACCAGCUGGAUGGCUCGUCCUGCGCCUAUGGCGAGGCUUACUGCAGCAACGGCAUGUGCAUGACCCAUCACCAGCAGUGUGUCCAGCUCUGGGGACCGGGUGCAUGGCCGGCCCCAGAUGCCUGUUUCCAGGACGUGAACAUGGCUGGCAACACCUACGGCAACUGCGGCAAAGACAGCCAAGGGCGCUACGUGAAAUGUGACAAGAGGGAUGCGAUGUGUGGCAAGAUCCAGUGCCAGAGCUCAGCUAAGAAGCCCCAGGGGACCAACACCGUCUCCAUUGACACCACCAUCCGUUUCAACGGGCGGGAGGUGAAGUGCCGCGGCACCUACAUGUACACCGCGAAGGACGAUGAGGAUGACCUCUCUGACCCCGGGCUGGUGAUGACAGGGACGAAAUGCGGAGAUGGGAUGGUUUGCAAAGACCGCCGGUGCCAGAAUGCCUCCCUUUUUGAGCUGGAAAAGUGCGUUUCCCGGUGCAAUGGCCACGGGGUCUGCAACAGCAACAAGAACUGCCAUUGCGAUGCUGGCUGGGCUCCCCCGUACUGCGAGAAGCCGGGCUUGGGCGGCAGCGUGGACAGUGGCCCCGUGCAGCAUGACAAUCACGAAGCCAUCUUAAUUACCCUUCUGCUCAUCUUCCUGCUCUUCCUCCCGGCCCUGAUGAUGAGCAUCUAUUUUUGGUACCGGCGGGAGAACUCACUCCUGAAUAAAUGGUUAAAGGACAUGAGGAGGAGGAGCCAGGAGACAUACAGGAACAAACCCAUCAGUAGGAAGUCAACCAGUGGCCAACCCAAAGCUGCUUUCACCUUGCGGAACAUUUCCACUUCCAGCCACGCUAAUAAAGCAACGCAAGCUGCAUUCCCCCUGACACCCAGCGCUCACCAGCCUGGCUCCCAGCCUGUCAACAUCGUCCACCCUCUUCGCCCAGCUGCCCACUCCAUCCCUCUGCGCCCAAAAGACUCCAAGCCUCCCAGGCCACCUCCACCAGCCAGCAAAUCGCACAUGGUCCCCACCAAAACGGUUGUCUCCCAGGCUAAGCUGCCACCUCCAAAGAAACCUCUUCCCUGCAGCCCCGUGAGGACCCCACUGGUCGGCCCAAAGCACCAGCCUCCCCUUCGGCCUCUGCCUGGAAGUCCUCUUCUGGCCAAAUCGCUGCCUCCCGCACAUGGACAGACCCUGCUGGUCAUGGUCCCUCCUACCAACUUCAAGGCGUUGGGUACGAGUGCCAUGAGCCACCCCACGAUGCCAUUAAAACCGAUGCCACCUCAAAGGCCGGUCCCAGCCAUCAAAAUCCAAUCAACCUCCUUCCCCUUGAAGAAGUGACAAACCAAGGACACCUUAAGCCCACCUUUCCUGAGCUGGCUCUCCUGAUUUGCACUGCUGCUGGCGACAGGGGUCUUUUUAUUCCUCUCUUGUUUUA